AUGGAAUUUCCCACUGUUGAAGGGAUCCAGAUGGUCCCAGGUACCAUCCACAUAGUUGAUUUGGAGGGGACGAUGAACGUAAAGCAUCAGAAAGGUGGUCAGAAAGAUAUCAUCUUAGUUCCACAACCAACCAAUGACCCCAAUGACCCUCUCAAUUGGAGUAGAUUUCGCAAGGAAUACCAUUUCUGGCUGCUAUGGAUUUGGGGCUUUAUUGCUGCGGUCUCUGUCAAUUGGAUAGGGCCUGUUUGGACGCAAUUUACGAUCGAUCUCAAGACAAACUUCGUUCAGCUUAACAUUGCGGCUGCCCUAUGCUUUCUCUUCCUAGGCAUCGGCUGCGUCGUGAUGCAGCCGAUUGCGAUGAAAAUUGGCCGGCGGCCUGUUUACAUCACUGGGACCUUGUUCAACCUUAGCGGGUGCAUUCUCGGAAGUUUUCAGCGGUCUGUUGAAACCUUCUGGGUGGUCAGCAUCCUAGGUGGUGUGGCUGGCGCUCCUGUGGAUUCUCUCGUUCAGGUCACUACCACUGACAUUUUCUUUGCCCAUGAGAAGGGUACACGGUUGAGUUUGUACAUUUUUACCAUGUAUGCAGGCUCCUAUCUCGGGCCUGUCGCCGCAGGAUACAUUGCGGACUCUCAAGGCUGGCGAUGGUGCUUCCGGUAUCUUGCCAUCUUCUUCGGUGUCCUCCUUGUUCUUCAAAUCUUUACUAUGGAAGAAUCCAUCUUCCGGAGACCCCCUACCCCAUCAGAGAUUGCCGAUGAGAGUGUCUUAGAGGACAAGAUGCAGGCUGUUGAGAAGGGGCCAGAUACCCUCCACGUCACAGAAUCUGCGAGCAGUGCGCCGCCUCCUCCGAAAUCGUACUGGCAGCGCAUGGGUCUAUGGAACACCACUUACAGUGAUCCUCGUCCCCUAUGGUUGGUAGCACUGAGCCCGUUUUUCCUGCUCACAUAUCCUGCCGUGAUGUGGGGAGGCCUUGUUUACGGCAUCCAGAUUAUGUGGCUUUCCCUUAUCACGGUGACACAGUCCGCUACCUUCAGUGCGCCGCCGUACAACUUCAGCAUCACCAACGUCGGUAACACCAAUUUCGCAGCCUUCAUCGGUGGUAUCCUUGGCAUGUUUUGGGGUGGUUCUGUCUCCGAUUGGUGCAUUCUUCGCCUUUCACGCCGGAACAAGGGCAUAAUGGAGCCAGAAUUCCGCCUGUGGACGAUGCUUAUCCCUGCCAUUCUUAACACGGGCGGCCUUCUCAUGUACGGUCUAGGGUCUCUCUAUGGUGUCCAUUGGAUCCUUCCAGCUGGUUUUGGAAUGGCUCUCAUUGGCUUUGGCAUUGGAAGUGGUGCAGCUAUUGCCAUGACAUAUGCUGUCGAUUGCUAUCCGCGAGCCACGUCAGAGGCUCUCGUUUUGAUGCUCUUCAUUCGCAAUUUGAUUGGCACUGGGUUCACUUUUGCUAUUGAACCCUGGCUUGAGCACAAUGGCCUGCAGAAUACAACAAUAAUAAUGGCUAUUUUGUGUUUUGUUGCAAAUAUGUCAUUCCUACUUAUGGUUUGGAAGGGUAAAAGUAUGCGAGUAUGGACUGCUAAAAGGUAUUUCCGGCUGAUGCAACAAAAGGCUAAAUAUGCUGUUGGAUCUUGA